AUGUCAGUCGACAUCGACUGGUCGCUCCUCGCGUCCUCCUCGUCGUCCCUCUCAACCUCGCUCAUAAGCGCGCUCAACACACAGCUCAACACGGCCGCGCGGCCCUCCUUCCUCGGCCCAAUAACAGUCACCGCCUUUGACUUUGGGCACGUCGGGCCCGAGGUCGAGAUCAAGGACGUGCGGGAUGUCUGGCGGGCCUUCGACGACGGGGACGACGAGGGCGACGCCGAGGUCGAGGCGCGGCUCGCCGACGAGCGCGGCGUCGACGAGUUCCACCCGCCCCCCCAACCGGCCCCGGCCAGGCGGCACCGCGCACGGAACGGCUCAGCGGCGUCCGCGCCGCCCAGCGCCUUCCAGCACACCAACGACGACGACGACCGCGAGUCGGUCUACUCUGGCCUCGCGAGCGCGCGCAACUCGGUCGCGAGCGUCGGCAUCGGGCUCGGCGCGGCCGCCGUCGUGAACCUCCGGCGCGGGGCACGGCUGCGGCCGCCAGCGACGCCGCCGCGCGUGUCCCCGCUCUACGCGCCCCCGACGCACCAGGGCUCGAGGGUACAUGCGCCGUCGUCGCCACCGCCGAGCCCGCCCGCGCGCCCGGCAGGUCUGGAGAACGCGCGCGCCAACCCCCUCCCCAGCGUGCAGAUCCACCUGCGGAUAGACCACGCAGCGGACCUCACGCUCGCGCUCUUGACUACACUGCAGGUCAACUACCCGUCCAAGCUGUUCAUGGCGCUGCCCCUCAAGCUCGUGAUUACGGGCCUGACGCUCGCUGCGGAUGUCGUCCUCGCGUACUCGGGCCCCAAGCACCGCGUGCACGUCACCAUCGUCGACAGCGACGAGGGCGGCUCCACGCCGGCCGGGCAGCGCAUCCUCCCCCACUUGCAUAUCGAGAGCGAGAUUGGCAGCUCCGACGCCCACGUCCUGCGCAACGUCGGCAAGGUCGAGCGCUUCAUCGUCGACGUGGUGAGGAAAACCCUCGUCGACGAGCUCGUCUUUCCAAAUUUCCACACCAUUGCGUUGUAG